AGUCAACACUCUCUCUCUCUCUCUCUCUCUCUCUUUCAGUUCAGUAGUAUAUUCGGAGAUUCGAAGAUUUUUCUAAUUAAAAUAAAGUUGGGAAUCCGUGUGGUAUAUGGAACUCUCGUCAACAUGAGCAGCGUGGACAGCGAUCGUACCUUGCCGCCGCCGCUAACCGUGGCGGUGGCCGUCAAAGGCGGAGGCGGCGGCCGCGGGGGAAAGGCAAGCCGUCGAGCUGUCCGGUGGGCGGCGGAGAAACUCUUUCCUGUCGCCGACCGUUUCGUCCUGAUUCACGUCAUGCCUAAAAUCACUUCAAUUCCUACUCCAUCCGGAGACACUAUCCCCAUUGAGCAACUGGAUGCCCAUGUGGCGGAAAUGUAUAUGGAGGACACAAAACUUGCUUUUCAGAAAGUAUUUAUACCAUUUAAGAAACUAUGCAAAAGAAAAAAGGUUGAAACUUUGUUGCUGGAAGGUGACAAUCCUGCAUCGGCACUUCUUAAAUAUGUUACUGACUCUGGUGUAAGAAGUUUAGUGUUGGGCUCUUGCUCUUCCUCUUUUAUCAGAAGGAUUCUCUGGAAGCGAAAAGACUCUACUGUUCCAUCGGUAGUCCUAAAAAAUGCUGCUGAAGGUAGUAUUUACAUUGUGUCAAGACGUAGGGUCAUCACAACUUCUGCCACCCCCUUGUCGACUGGUGAGAAUAUCUCUAGAAGCUGGUGGUGUAGCCGGAUAAAGCGUGGUUCUCACAUCUAUAAAUUAAAUGGUGGCCAUUAUUCCUCCUCAGUGGAUGGUGGAGUUACUGACACAGCGUCAUAUGUGUCAGAUCUUAGUCACUUGGGUUCUAUAGCAAAUACAGAACAGAGGUAUCCCAACCAUUCUGGUUCACUCCCAGAAAGAAAUGAUCAACACUUGGGAAAUAGUAUCCUAGAUAUUGAGGCAGCAACUGAAUGUUCUUCCGUGGCUUCUGCCAACACAAAGCAGUCGGAUGUGCAGGCUGAGGUGGAAAAACUGCGUCUAGAAUUAAUGGACACUGUUGGCAUGUACAAUAGAGCGUGUGAGGACCUUGUAAAUGCCAGAAACAAGGUUCAGUUUCUUUCUUAUGAAUGCCUGGAAGAAACUAGACAAGUAAAUGCUGCCAAGCAAAGAGAAGAAGCUUAUAAGAAAAUGGCUGCAGAAGAGAAUAGAAAGUAUUUGGAAACCAUGAAGGAGAUUGAGAUGGCGAGAAAUAAGCUUGCUAAAGAAGCUUAUGAACGACAAAUAGCAGAAUUAAAAGCUCUCAAAGAAUCAAUGGAGAAAAAGAAAAUUGUUGAUGCACUCUUCUCAAACGAUAGAAGGUACAAAAGGUACACAAGGGAUGAAAUUGAGAUAGCUACCGAAUCCUUUUCUGAGACUAAGAUGAUUGGUGAAGGAUCAUAUGGGAAAGUUUACAGAUGUAACCUUGAUAAAAUCCCCGUAGCCAUCAAAGUUCUGCGUUCUGAUGCAGCGGAGAAGAAAGAGGAAUUUCUGACAGAGAUUGAAGUUUUUAGCCAGUUACGCCACCCACACAUUGUUUUACUGCUUGGAGCUUGUCCAGAGACUGGUUGCUUAGUGUACGAAUAUAUGGAGAACGGAAGCCUAGAAGAUAUUCUUUCCCACCAAAGCAGCAGGGAUCCUCUUCCUUGGUUUGUUCGAUUCCGGAUAGCUUUUGAAGUAGCUUGUGGACUUGCAUUCUUACACAACUCAAAACCGAACCCUGUAAUUCAUCGAGAUCUAAAACCAGGGAAUAUAUUUUUAGACAGAAAUUAUGUUAGCAAAAUUGGUGACGUGGGAUUGGCUAAACUCGUUUCAGAUGUUGCGCCUGACAGUAUUACAGAAUAUGGGGACUCUGGUAUAGCUGGUACUCUUUACUAUCUGGAUCCAGAGUAUCAAAGAACGGGAACCGUCCGACCUAAAUCUGAUCUCUAUGCUUUUGGAAUCAUUGUCCUCCAAUUGCUGUCUGCACGACAUCCAAAUGGGCUUUUGUUGAAAUUUGAAAAUGCUCUUUCCAAUGAUUUGCUCCUUGAUAUACUGGACAAGUCUAUACCGGAUUGGCCACUUGCUGAAGCAGAGGAAUUGACUCAGAUGGCCCUGAAAUGCUCCAGACUAAGAUGCAGAGAUAGGCCAGAUCUUGAAACUGAAGUGUUGCCGCUUUUGAAGAAACUUGCUGAUAUGGCAGAUGCUGCUCUUAGGGUACAGAGGAAUAGUAUUCAUGCACCUAACCAUUACUUCUGCCCAAUCCUUCAGGAAGUAAUGGAGGAUCCAUACAUUGCCGCUGAUGGAUUUACAUACGAGCACAGAGCAAUCAAAUUAUGGGUUGAGAGGCAUAGUUUAUCACCAGUAACAAAGCUUAAGCUGCAGCAUAAAGUGCUCAUUCAAAACCAUACAUUACGUUCCGCCAUACAAGAUUGGAGGUCACGCAUAACAUCCUCACCCGGGCAACCAGGAAAUGUCUAAAGGCCAGAGUGCCAAGUUUACCAAUGGCAGAUUAUUGGAGUGAAACUAGGGUCAUGCAGCUAGGGGUAAUUCUCGGAUAACGGUUUACUGAAAUUCAGACCAGUGAUUCUCUCUUCCAUCUUACAGAUUAGCUGAAAUUGCUCUGGCAUAUGAACCAUCCCUGGAGUGGCAUACGGCGGCUCUCUGAUCGUUUUUGGGACCGGUGUACGGCGGGUUCAUGGCUGCCUUCGCUAAUCCUGCUGUAUUUGAGCUUUCAGGCCUUUUCUAGUGUUUGGGUUGCGUCCCAUUUGCUCUUUAUUGUUUUAUCUGGGCUUAUGGCCUUUAGGUGUUGGGUUUUGGCCCCAAGGGUUUUCUCCUUGGUUGGCAUAUUGUCAAUCAAGGGUUUGGGUUUUAGAUGGACACUUGUUGCCCUGCACUUCGCUCCCUUUAGUUUUUGUAUUCACUUUAAAGAUUAAUAAAUUUCUUUU